AUGCGUUCUUCUAUGAUGUCUAUGGUGGUCCUAGGCGCAGCUCUCGCGUCUGCUGCCCCAACCCUCUCCUCCAGUCUGGUCAAGCGUGCCUCUAGCUCCUGUACCUUCAACUCGGCUGCUAGUGCCAGUGCCAGCGCCAAGUCAUGCUCCACGGUUGUGUUGGAUAACAUCGAGGUCCCCGCUGGUGAGACACUGGACCUGUCGGAUCUGGCGUCAUCUUCGACCGCGAAACCACCUUCGGCUACAAGGAAUGGGAUGGGACCUCUCAUCCGCAGCUCCGGCUCCAACAUCAUUCUUACUGGUACUUCCAACCACACCAUCAACGGUGGCGGAGAGCGUUGGUGGGACGGUGAGGGAACCAACGGCGGCAAGACCAAGCCAAAGUUCUUCUAUGCCCACGAUCUGGAUGACUCGACGAUCACUGGGCUGAAUGUCAAGAACACGCCCGUCCAGGCCUUUAGCGUUCAGUCUGACAACCCGGUUCUGAACCGUAUCACGAUUGAAAACUCGGACGGUGAUUAUAACGGUGGCCACAAUACUGAUGCGUUCGAUGUCAGCGAGAGUAACGGCGUGACGAUCCGUAAUGCCGUUGUCAGGAACCAGGAUGACUGCUUAGCUGUUAACUCUGGCACCAACAUCGUCUUCACCGGUGGUACCUGCUCCGGCGGCCACGGUCUCUCUAUCGGCUCCGUUGGCGGCCGCGACGACAACACCGUCAGCAACGUCACAAUCUCCCACUCGACCGUCUCCAACUCUGCCAACGGCAUCCGCAUUAAGACCAUCUCCCGCGCCACCAGCAAAGUUUCUGGCGUAACCUUCAACAACAUCCAGCUCUCGGGCAUCACCGAGUACGGCGUUGUCAUUGAGCAGGACUACGAGAACGGCAGUCCGACCGGCACUCCCACCACUGGCGUUCCUAUUACCGAUUUGACCAUGCAGCAGGUUACUGGGUCCGUUGAGAGUGAUGAUACUCCUGUUUAUAUUUUGUGCGGUGAUGGGAGCUGCUCGGAUUGGACUUGGUUGAAUGUGGACGUCACUGGUGGGGAGUCGCGCUCUAAGUGUGAGAAUGUGCCUUCUGGUGCUUCUUGCUAG